AUGUCUAAACGAGGACCCAGCAGCGGAGAGCAACCGGGUGCCUCGAGCACGAUGGCUGACCAGUACCAGAGGCUCAAUCUCGGGUUCGAUACCGAUCGUCAGAUCGACAAGUACGAACUUGACACCUCCACUUUUGACCUUGUUGAUGUGGAUGGAUUUCACAACACCAAAUUCAGCACCGUGUUGGACUACUUGAUCUUCACGUGGUUCUUUCUUAUAUUAUCGUGGGCACUUCUUGCGGUUGAUAUCUACACGUGUUUAAACAUUUUAGUGUUCCACAAGUGGGGGAAUCAAGGCUAUACUCCAUAUGCUUAUUCUGUGGCCAAAUGGAUCUUUACUGGAUGUAUUAUCUUUGAGAUUUUACUCGCAAUCUACCAUAUACUGUGGUCAAUCCAUGCUUAUCGGACCAGAAACAUUGCCUUGGCCUAUGUGAACAAUUGGGCUAAAAUAAUGUACUCAAUUAAACGAUACAAUUAUCAUUGUUUAUUCUUUAAAAUUAAACAAGAUACCUUUUUCGAUUGGGCUGCAUUUCUUAGUUAUUUUGAACUUGAUAACGCGUUAGAAAUCUUGAUUGCAGAUGCUCCAAGACAAGUUAUUAACAUUUUAACCUUGAGAUAUUAUGCCACUGAUGGUGAUUUUCUGCAAAAUUUUCAAAAUAUCAUUGAAAAUAUUCGAACUAUAGCCACAACCAAUUUGAAAUUGUCCAUUAUUCUUUCGUUUAUGUGUGCAUCUGUGAUUCUUUUCGCAAUUUUCUUUGUCAAGUUUUGCUUGGGGAUGAUUUGUUAUAUCCCUGUCAUUGUAGGGAUCCGUAGACGUGGCUACAAGUCUCUCAAGAAAUAUUGUUGUCAUAUAGUCAAUGAAAAGGUACGAAUUCUUGUCAGAAAGCAUCACAAGUCAAAGAAGGAAUUGUUGGAUGAAGGUAUUCUCGAUCGUGAAGAAAUUAAGGCCAAUCCAUUAUUAAACAGCACAACAACAUUUAAUGAACAAACCACCGGAUAUCGCGGGACAGAAUGGGAAGGAACUCAAGAUUUACGGAACCCAUUUUCAUCACCAAAGGAUUUGGAGGCAUAUGGAAAUGGUAUUGUCAAACCAGCUCCAACUUAUACAUUUUCCAAUAACAGUUAUGAAAUGCUGUCGAUGGAGAAAAAAAUCAACCAAUCAAAUAAAACAUUUGAUUCUCCAGGUUAUGUUCCAUACAGACAUCCUGAAGCACCAAAGAAUCCAUUUGCUGAUCUGGUCAAGAACCAAAGUUCUGAUACUUUGAUUAGUGCAUCAAGUUUGACGUAUCCAAAUCAAUUUGUCCAAACUGGUGGAGCGAAUCAAGGUUCUUCGUACGGAAGUUCACGUAUUGCUCCUCCAUCUAGAAGAGCACCUCCACCAACUACAACUACAAACUCUCUUGCAACGUAUGAAUCAUUACCGACAGAAGUUCAGUACUCACCAGUUAAAGAAAAUGCUGAUCCAGUUGCAUAUGAAUAUUACACGGAACAAUCACAUUCUUCUUCAGAAACUAUUCCAACCACUACAAAUGUCCCAAUUUCCUCCACGUCAGACCAACAUACCCACCUUACAAAUAAUGAACAUGGUUCAUCUAGAGGAAAUCUACUUGAUUCGUUCUACGAAACACCAGCAGCUGUGCUGCAGGAGUCGCUUCCAUACCCAGCGCGAGGGUCUACCAUCUUACAUCAAUAUAAUGACCCUCCGUAUCCAGAGAGAGGAUCUACAAUCAUUCAUGAAUAUGAACAAAUGAGUGAACAAGAGCUCCAUAAAGACACUGGACCAUAUCCUCAUAGAGAUAUCGAAAGUGAAGAACACGAUAAUGAAAAUGAAUACAAAAACCAAAAUGAAUAUGAUAGGGAACAAGAACAUGGGUAUUACAGACGGGAUUAUAAUCAAGAUCAAUAUAGAUAG